AUGUCUGAAGGACCAAGACAAACUGCAGAUAAACAGCCUGGUGAUCUACGACCAGAAGACCCAUCUCAUCCAGGCAUGUCAUCUGAUCCAGCUGAACGAGGCAGACAACUCGGUCACGAAAAUGCGCAGGGUGGUCAAAGUGUAGGCACAGGUGGACAUGGUAUCAGUAGCGGUAGUAGUAGUAGGCAGUUUGAUGAGUUUAAAUUAAUAGUUUUUAAACUGUUAUAUACAUUUAUGUUUAUAGACAGUAGUCAACCUGUCGGUGGAAAGCACACAUCAGAUCCGUCUCAAUUCAACGAAGAGGUAUUACAUCCCGGCAUGAAUCCUGAUCCUGUUGAACGGGGCAGACAAUUAGGACAUGAAAAUGCAUCUGGCGGCCAUUGUGUCGGUACAGGCGGACAUGAAGCCAAUUUCGGCCAGUAA